GGGUAUUCUAAAUGAGCCAUUACCUACCUGCUCUCAAACACAUAAUGUGUUUGAUAUCUUGUUAAUACAAUUUUUAUCAUAAACCGCAUCAGCCAAAAAAGUUGGAACAGGUUUAUACAUGGCACAAUCAAAAUUUUUCUAUAUUUUGGAACAUCGUAACUUUCGAGAUAUGUUUGUAGCUAUAGUGAUAGUCCUGCUACGGUGCAUCAUCACAACACGAGGAAAUGUCAUUUAUAGCCAUGAAACAAGUGGAACCGACAAAAAUAUCACAGAAUUCCAUGUGGAAUAUGUUCUAUUGGACAAUACUCAAGUAUGUAAAAGAUCAUGUGUUAAAGGUGCUUCUCCAAUGAUAUGCAGGUAUCAUUUCGAAGUGGAGUGGUACCAUUCUCUUAGUAAAGCAUGUUACAACUGCCCUUUCAACAUAACUGACUGCUUUCGACCCCAUUGUAUACCUGGUGAUGGAACACGAAGAGGGGUAGUGACCGUCAAUAGAAAACUGCCAGGACCUGCUAUUGAGGUUUGUCAACAUGAUAUUGUAGUAGUUGAUGUCCAGAACAAAAUGGGAAGCGAAGCGACAACCAUGCACUGGCAUGGACAACACCAAAGAGAAACACCCUACAUGGAUGGAGUCCCAUACGUAACGCAAUGUCCUAUUCUACCUCAUAAUACAUUCAGGUACACCUUCAAGGCUGAACAAGCUGGAACACACUUUUGGCACUCGCAUAUAGGAAUGCAGCGAGCAGAUGGUGUUUACGGACCUCUGAUAGUUCAUAUUCCCGAAGAAGAAGAUCCACAUUCUCAGUUUUAUGAUUAUGACUUAUCUGAACAUACCAUGACAAUAAUAGAUUGGGAUAAACAAAUUGGUAUCGAAACAUUCCUAUCGCAUCAUCACAAUAUUGGCGAUAACAAACCACCCACAUUACUCAUAAAUGGAUACGGUAGAUUUAGGCAAUUCACUGCAGAAAAUAGAACAAUUUAUACGCCAACUGCCAGGUUUUCUGUAGAACAGGGCUACCGAUACCGAUUCAGAGUGAUAAAUGCUGGAUUCUUGAAUUGUCCUAUUGAAAUGUCUUUUGACAAUCACACCAUCAAAGUUAUCAGUACAGACGGAUCCGAUGUAGUUCCAGUAGAAGCCACAUCACUCGUCACUUACGCCGGAGAAAGAUUCGAUUUUAUCCUUGAUGCAGAUCAAGAGAAGGGUCUCUAUUGGAUUCGAUUCAAAGGAUUAAUGGACUGCGACGAAAGAUUCACUAAAGCAUUUCAGGUGGCUGUAUUACAGUAUGACGGAUUAAACGCAACUAUAGAAGACUACCCGGAAGAUAUCGUCACCUAUGAAAAUGCUCACAGGAAUGGAAUCCAAAUCAAUUCUCUGAAUAGAGGAGUGGAAAGCAACAAUUCCUUCGUCAGCAUGCCGCAACUGGAAUCUUUACUGAAAUGGGACGAUACACUGAAAGAAAAACCAGAUUUUCAAUACUAUAUUGCCUACGAUUUCUACAAGAUUGAUAACCACGAGUUUCAUAGGGCUCCACAUUAUGGAUUUUACAACUUCACUGAUAGCACCGUUCAGCUACUCACACCGCAAUUCAACCAUAUUAGUAUGGAAAUGCCACCAUUUCCUCUGUUGUCUCAAAGAGAUCAAUUAGUUGACGGAGCAUUCUGCAACCAAGAAACGAUGAUGGAUAAAAACUGCGAAGUAGAACAUUGUCAAUGCCAUCAUGGAGUAAAAGUACCUUUGAAUGCAGUUGUCGAGCUGAUUUUCAUAGACGAAGGUUUUGCUUACGAUGCCAAUCAUCCUCUACAUCUUCACGGUUAUGCAUUUCGGGUCGUCGCUAUGGAGAGAAUGGGAGCCAAUGUUACAGUGGAAGAAGUGAAAAAGAGAGAUGAAAUGGGUCUCAUCAAACGGAAUUUAUUGGACGCUCCUGUCAAAGAUACUGUUACUGUACCUGAUGGGGGAUAUACCAUUGUUAGAUUCCGUGCAAGUAAUCCAGGUUAUUGGAUUCUUCAUUGUCAUUUGGAAUUCCAUGCAGAAAUUGGUAUGGCGAUGAUAUUACAAGUUGGAGAAAAUGAUGACAUGGUAGCAGUUCCUCAAAAUUUUCCCAAAUGUGGAAAUUACUUGCCAGAUCCACUAAUUGAUGAAUCUAAGAAAGACAGAAAGAGUAGUAGUUCUAUAGUUGGAUUGAGUAAUAUCCUGGAAGUUCUAGCUCUACUCAUGAUACUUAACAAUUUUUUCAUCAUUUAAUUUGAUCAUUAUUAAGUAUAGGCAAACAAAUUCAAAGUACUUAAAAAACCCAAGACUGAUUUUCAUCUUGUUAAAUAUCAGGGAUUUAGUAAUACUUAUUUGAAGACGUUUUAUAAUUUGCUAUUUCGAAUACUAUAUAUAUAUAUAGGUAUGUAGUAGAUUCGCCAUAUACUCGACUAUAACUUGAUUAUGGACUGCCAAAACUGUGUUUCACAGGGAUUUGUUUCUGAAUUUUUUUCAAUGUGCUGACCAGUAUUCACGAUAUCAUACAGUAUUUGUGUGACCUCGUGAUCUAACACCGACAGCGUUAUUUCGACCCGCCGAGGUCUCAUCAGUGGUACUAGACUGAACCAUUCAACUGCCUCAAAGGUUUUCCAUGGCAGUUCGUUUAAAAGCCAACCUUCCACAUCGACCGACGAAAUAGAUUCAUCCUCUGUCUUCCACUGCAGCUCUCACUACAAUGCAACUUCAUGCUUUCGUGAUCCAAUACCUGACAGCGCUGUUUCGACCCGGCAAGGUCUUAUCAGUGGUGCUUGGCUGAACCACUCAACUGUCUUUAAAGAACUAGCCUGAAAGUAAGAGCAAUGACAUCUCCCCUUUGGAUCAGUCGCCCUACAGUGAAAGCUGCAGUAAGUGGCCGAUAUCAAAGCUUGCAACUAACCGCCUUGGUGAGCCUUGUUUAUCCUUGAUAUUUUAAGAUUGAGGCUUCUGUCAGUCCCAUAAAGGGCGUCUAUGUAACGAACGAUGUCAACGUCUUCACUAAUACAGUGUUCCCUAUAUAAGGUUCGAAAAGUUUUCCUACAUGAGAAGUAUUUUAUUUUCUUCUUUCUACAUGUUUUGAGUACGAUGAUAUUCAGCAAUUCAUUAAAGAGUCUGUGAUUAUGGAAAAUAGGUUACGUAAACCUUGUUUUCAGAAGAAUUGUAUCAGCUACGUCUCAUAAUUUUUACAGAUAUUAACGAUUGAAAUUACUAGUCCUGGACAAGAUAUUUUAUAGUGUAUGUUAGUUUUCAAAUGCCCGAUUCACAAAAGAACCUUCAGUAGAACUCAAUGUAAUAUAAAUCAAUUCAAUCAGUUGUUCUCAUCUAGGAUGUAGUCUAUUUUUAUUUAACAUGAAUAAGAUAUAAUUUAUUGAAUCGAGCUAGUGAUGUAACAUGUGAUAACUGAAAGAAAUAAAUAACUGAUUUAACGAAUGAA